UACUUCUCUUGUCUAUGGAGAGAUAUGCCUUUAUUUGUCAGCUGUGACAAACUCUCCGCCUGGUCUCCAUCUUCCAUUUCUCGCUCGCCUGCCUCCUGGUUCCUUGCUUUCCUAUCAAUUAUUUAUUUUCUUUAUUUAUUUUUAUGUGGUGCUGAGGAUUGAACCCAGGGUCUUGCAUGUGCUAGGCGAGCACUCUACCACCGAGCCACAACCUCAGCCCCAAUAUUUUUGAGACUUGAGUUAUCAAGUUAGUUGUUGCAUGGAUUAUCACUCCCUUUGAGUUUGUCUUCUUAUUACUUUGAGGUUAUUCAUUUUUGUCAGGAAUACUAUGCAAGUCACAUGCACUUUUCAGUGUCUAACAUAAGAACACACACGAUGUCAUUUUGUCUUAUUGGUGAUCUUAAUUUAGAUCCUUUGGUUAAGAUGAUGCCUGGUAGGUUUCUCUAUUGUAAAGGUAUUUCCCCCAUUUGUAAUGAAGUCAUUGUGGGGAGAUAUUUUGAGAUUAUGUAAAUAUACUGUUCAGAACAAAUUUGUGUGUGUGUGUGUGUGCAUGUGUGUGUGUGUUACUGGAGAUUAAAUCCAGAGCCUAUUGUGUGCUACGAAAGCACUUUUCUACUGAAAUAUAUCCCAUGAUAGUUGACUCUUGAUUGAAUCAUAAUAAUUAUAACUAUGAUGGUUGCAAAAUAGUGAUUUUUCUAUCAAUUCCUUUAUAUUUGUUAGUUGACAUUCUAUUGUGUAGGUUUCCCUCACCCCCUUCUUAUUUCCUAUUUUUUAUUUUUAUAUACAUAUGUGUGUGUGUGUGUGUGUGUGUGUAUUUGAUUCUCAAGUUUUUUUUGACUUGGCAAGUGGAAGACAUUGAUUUAAAAUUUGAAUACUACAAAAAAUGUUGCUAAAAUAAUUUUAGUGAAUAUAUUAAAAGAGAACAUACUCAUGACUAUAUUGCUAGUUGUUUAAUAUAUUGUUUAUAUAUAUUCAAGAAUACUAAUCUUUAAGAACAAAUUUUGGCAAAUAGGUAAAAAUCCAUUAUUUGGGUGAGGGUUGUGGAUUAGUGGUAAAGGGCUUGCUUAGCAUGUAUGAGGCCCUCGAUUUGAUUCUCAGCACUACAUAUAAAUAAAUAAAAUAAAGGACCAUUGACAACAACAACAAAAAACAAUUUAAAAAAUCCAUUAUUUGAUUAACCAAUCCUUGAGUGAAGUUGGCUUUCUUUUUUUGUGGGGAGUGGGGAACCAGGGAUUGAACUCAGGGGCACUCAACCACUGAGCCACAUUUCCAGCCCUAUUUUGUAUUUUAUUUAGAGACAGGGUCUCACUGAGUUGUUUAGCGCCUUGCCAUUGCUGAAGCUGGCUUUGAACUUGCAAUCCUCCUGUCUCAGCCUCCCCAGCUGCUGGGAUUAUAGAUGUGUGCCACCAGGCCCAGCUGAAAUUGGUUUUCUGCCAGUGGUUCUGUAAGACCUACUGUUUGUAUAAAAAUAGCAUUCUGAUAAACUUGGAAACAAACAGAUUGAUCAGGAUCAGAUAAACUUCUUCAAGUUUGUGAUUUAAAAAAUACAAAUUCAGGGAUGGAGGUAUAGUUCAAUAGUAGAGUGUUUGCUUAGCAUGUAAGAGGAUCUAUGCUCUAUCUCUAGUCCUGCAAGAAACUAAAAAUUUUUUAAUUAAAAAUCAUUAAGUAGCUGAGGACUGGCUGCGCUGUGGUGUCCUGCCCCCGGGUGGCCUUCUAGCAGGAUGGAGGCAACUUUGAAGCAGCACUUGGAGGAUACAAUGAAGAAUCCGUCCAUUGUUGGAGUCCUGUGCACAGAUUCACAAGGACUUAAUCUGGGCUGUCGUGGGACCCUGUCAGAUGAACAUGCUGGAGUUAUAUCUGUUCUAGCCCAACAAGCAACUAAGAUAACCUCUGACCCCACUGAUAUUCCUGUGGUGUGCCAAGAAUCAGAUAAUGGGAACAUUAUGAUCCAAAAACGUGAUGGCAUCACCGUGACAGUGCACAAAAGGGCCUCUUGAUCUCUCUCAUCAGUUCUCCAGCAGCCUGUCAUAGGGACUCAAUCCUACUAUGUUAAUUAUCUUACAAAACUAAUUAAGUUUGGGCUGGGGAUGUGGCUCAAGCAGUGAUGCGCUCGCCUCAGCACCAUAUAAAAAUAAAGAUGUUGUG